AUGCCUAUCUCAAUCACUUCUCUGGCGGCGGCGGCCGUCGUCGCCCUGGUGCUAUACAAAGCCAUCAUAUUUCCGGCCUUUAUCUCGCCGCUGGCCAAGAUUCCGAAUGCGCACUGGAGCGUGCCUAUUUCUCCGGCCUGGAUGCUGUGGAAGCGGUUCCGUAUGGAGAACAAUCGCACCAUCCAGGCCGCGCAUGAGAGACUUGGUCCCAUCGUCAGGCUCGGCCCGUCUGAAAUCUCAGUGAAUUGCGUCGAUGGGGGAAUCAAGUCGGUCUAUACCGGCGGAUUUGAGAAACAUGAUUGGUACCCGCGUGUCUUUGGGUCACUGGGGACGGUGAGCAUGUUCACCAUGGUUGGAAGCAAACCCCACUCGAUUCGCAAGAGGAUGCUGUCCAACAUAUACUCCAAGUCGACACUGCAGUCUUCGCCACAUCUUCGGGUUGUGUCAAAGGCAGUUAUUGUGGAGCGACUACUACCGAUACUUGAAGACGCCGCUGCUGCGAGCCAGACCCUUGAUGUACAUGACCUAAAUUCAGGACUUACGAUGGACUUUGUCUCGUGCUAUUUGUUCGGCUUGAAAAAUGGAACAAACCACCUCCAAGACCAUUCGUUCCGAAAGCACUGGCUUCAUAUGUACAUGUGUCGCAAGCCAUUCGAGUUUUACCAACAGGAACUACCAUACUUGAAUAGCUGGAUGAAGUGCGUGGGUCUCCGAGUCAUCCCCAAGUUUUGCGACACUGCAAAUGACAUGCUAGAUGCUUGGGCGUUGGAUCUUUGUGGCAAGGCUGAGCAAUCUAUGGAUUCAACAGAUCCAACCAUUGAGCCAAUUGUAUACAAGCAGCUGAAAUACAGCCUUGACAAGCAGGCCGCUAAAGAUGGUGUCAAGCUAGACCGCACUGAGCAGCUUAACGAUAUCGCCUGUGAGAUGUAUGACCAAUUGACUGCAGGCUUUGAGACCAGCGCAGUCGGCCUGACAUACCUGCUUUGGGAGUUGUCCAGUCAUCCUGAGAUUCAAGACAAGCUUCGCAAGGAGUUACAGACGCUUGAUCCCCCGAUCCAAUUUCCCGGUCUCGCGGAUCUACCAUCUCCCAAGUCCAUAGAUAAUCUACCCUUACUUGAAGCAAUCGUUACCGAAACCUUACGACUCCAUGCCCCAAUUCCAGGUAUCCAACCCCGAGUCACACCCGCGCCCUCUUGCAGUUUGGCUGGAUACGACAAAAUUCCACCGAAUACGCGCGUCAAUGCGCAGGCCUAUUCCCUGCACCGCAAUCCCGAGGUUUUUCCAGAUCCCGAAACCUGGGAGCCGGGCCGAUGGCUCAAGGAGGAGAACACAUUCGAUGAACUUGAGGAAAGACGCCGUUGGUUUUGGGCAUUCGGGAGCGGAGGACGCAUUUCGAACAACCGCCUGCUCUGGAUAUGCUCUGAAGACUCACCUUCCCCAGAAACGAAGCUGGUGGCUGCGGCCAUUUACUCGAACUUCCGCACGACGAUCGUCAAUGACGACGAUAUUGAGGCGAUCGAUGCGUACACCGUACAUCCCAAGGGCGAGAAGCUCAUGGUGAAGUUCGAGAAGAUUAAAUGA